AUGUCCAGGGAGGUGAAGGUGAAGCAGAGGAUGAUCUGGAUUGAAGAAUCAACCCAGACAGGCCAGCGGCUCGGGGAGGAGCCCCCGGCGGCACAGGUGCAGGCUGGCGCGGGGUGGGGCGGCCUGGAAAGCGCCGCGCUCCAGCUCCCGGGGCCGGAGGAGGACGCCUCCCAGCUCCCGCUGGACUGCGGCCUCGCGCUGCGCGCGGCGGGGGAGCGCGGGCAGGCUGCGUCCAGGCUCGGCCUGGGGAAGGCCACGUCCCUCUCGGAGCGCCUGGCGGCGGACACUGUCUUCGUCGGAACCGUGGGAACCGUGGGGAGGCUGAGAAACGGCCCCCGCGUUCGAAAUCUGCGUGGGCUCGCUGGGAAGAAGGCCCCAGGGGGGAAGCCCAAGAGGGACCCCGCUGGGGAGGAUGCGUCUGUCCCAGAGGAAGAGGAACAGAAGGCGGAGAAGGAUGCAGGGGCAGGGACCCCGGCGACGGACGGCAGCAUGGAUACGCUGGAGACGGUCCAGCAGAAGCUGGAGACCAUGAACGCCCAGGCCGACAGGGCCUACCUUCGCCUCUCGCGCAAGUUUGGGCAGUUGCGGCUGCACCACUUAGAGCGCAGGAACCUGCUCAUCCAGAGCGUCCCGGGCUUCUGGGGGCAGGCUUUGCAGAACCACCCCCAGCUCUCAUCCUUCCUGAACAGCAAAGAUAAAGAAGUGCUCAGCUACUUGAACAGCCUGGAGGUGGAAGAGCUCGGCCUCGCCAGGCUGGGCUACAAAAUCAAGUUCUACUUCGAGCGCAACCCCUAUUUCCAAAACAAGGUGCUCAUCAAGGAAUAUGGGUGUGGCCCUUCAGGCCAGGUGGUGUCUCGUUCGACUCCAAUCCAGUGGCUCCCGGGACACGAUCUCCAGUCCCUAAGCCAGGGGAGCCCAGACAACAGCCCUAGCUUCUUCGGGUGGUUUUCAAACCACACCUCUAUUGAGUCCGACAAGAUUGUUGAGAUUAUCAAUGAGGAGCUGUGGCCCAACCCCCUGCAGUACUACCUUAUGAGUGAAGGGGCCCGUGGCGAGAAAGGAAAGGAGGGCAGGCAAGGCGCCGCGAAGCAGCCGGUGGAGACCCCCGAGCCUGGGGCCAAGAAACCCAAGUAAUCUGCACAAGUCUCCCUACUACCUCCUGCUGGACCACAGGUGUGGGGCUGUCUGCCUUCUCUCCGUGUCGGCCUCUGUGCACUCUUUUCCCUUGGAACUCCAGUGACAAGAAUAUGGCACUGACGAUCGUGUUCUUUUGCCUCCCCGUGGCCUUGCUUUUUUUACGUUAGUGUCACAGGUUAUAUGAUCUCACGCCUGUUUUUUAUCUGUGAGGCACACAUGCUUCAGACGUGUGCUGCCUUUAUCUAUGUGCCUGCACCCUGUUCUUGGCUCUGGCCUUUCCUGCCCGUCUUUAACAUGGACAUUCACGAGGCAUUCUCCACGAGGACCAAGGCACCCUUAAGCUCUGCUCCUUCAGAGCCUUUGA